CUUCGAACGCGCCCUGGACGACUAGACCUGUGUUCAAGACCUUUGAUAAUUCUCCUAUUUGAUACUCUGUACUAUUAUCGAUGUCGAAUGAGAGCACGGAGUCGCUGAAUGCGGCCUCACUGACAUGAGUAUCGUCACAGCCUUCAAAGACUGCUAUUUCACAAGUCCCCGAUGCUGCCCUCACCGCGCAAAACCAUUACUAGGUCUCGCAACGGAUGUGCUGUUUGCAAGUCAAAGAGGCUUAAAUGUGACGAAGCCAAGCCCCGUUGCUCACGUUGCCAAAGACUUGGAAUCUCAUGUCCCGGAUACCAGAAGCCACUGAGAUGGAAUACGCCCUCAAGGCCAUCCCGCGGCGAUGCUCUGUCCCCAAGGAGCACUGAGUCUGAUAGUGCUCGGCAUUCGCCCAGAAACACCGUUGCCGGCCUCCCGUUGGUCUUUGAAUCCGAAAAAGAUCUUUCCGACGUGGACUUUUUCAAUCAGUUCACGGACUUGAACACCCCCGGGAGCAUCGAGUUCCAAGACACAAGCAGCAUAGAACCGAUCUUUGCGUCUUCAAAUGCGCUCUUCCGUGGAGAAAGUCCAACUUCUCCCUCAUUCCCAGAUACAGCCUCGUGCCUCCAGUCUUGCACAACCAAUACAAACUGUUGGUGGCCCAGUAUUGUUACAGGCGGCGCAGAGGCUACUACUACUAGCAUGGUUGGUCGUUCUAGACCCCCAAUUCCCUGGUCGACACCUCGCCUCGAAACGCCGCUCUCGCCUGUCUUGCAAGACAAGUCGUCGAUACUGGUGGAAUACUACUUCAAGGAGGUUUGCGGCAUGAUGUCCUGCUAUGACAGCAAGUUGAACCCCUACAGGACGACUAUUUCGAACCUCUGGGGCAGCUCGCCCUCCCUGUACUAUGUUACCCAGAGCAUGGCAGCAGCCUGUCUUUCCGAGGUGUCACCAGGUUUUGCCGCAGUGAGCGGUCGCCUCCGUGACCAAGCGGUCGGCUCUUUGUGGAACGAGAGUCGGGUCGGCCCAACGGAAACAUCAUCUCUGCUGGCUUUGGUCAUGCUUGGCUUCAGUCUCUGUUGGCACGACCCCAGUAGACUCGGUCAGUCCGAGUUUGAGCUUCUGGCCGAGACGGUUGCUCACCUCGAAGCCCCGAGUAACAGUUUGACGCCGGUCGACAAGCAGAAAAGGCUCUUCUUCCAUAAUUCUCUAGUCUAUUGGAAGAUGCUGCUGUCAUUCGUCACUGAUGAUGACUUGCCUUCCUUGAGCACCUCUCACGUCGUUCAACCACGGCCAUCAUUUGAGACAAUCCAGAGUAAUUCAAGGAUGCCGCAUCCGCAGACAGGUAUUGGCGUUGAGAUUCAGGAACUCGUCGCCCAAGUUGGCUCUCUGGUCAGAAAGGAGCGCAGACGGAUUCGGAAACGCCAGCAUUCAUCGAGACAUGACAUUGAGCAGUCUAUCAACGCUAUUCGAAGCGCGGAGCAGCUCCAGGCCAGACUGUGCGAAAUAGAGCUCCCAGGGGAAGUAGCAGUUAUCGAUUCGGGCGAUGACAUGACACCUACGGAUCAUCUGUUGAAAGCAGCCGAGGCAUACAGAUGUACCGGGCUGCUUCAACUCUACCGGAACUUCCCCGAUCUCGUCUCGCAUGGCACGUCGCCCGUCAAUCCUACGAGCCCUUCAACUUGGUUAGACGCGUCUGGAGACGCUAAUCUCAACUCGCCUGAAGGUUCUCGAGUAACCCUGGAUACAUGGCUAACUAGUCUCGCCCUCCACGUGCUCGAUCUUGUGGAGGAGAUUCCGAUUUCCUCACGAUCGAGGUCUAUCCAGCCACUUCUCCUCGUCAGCAUCUGCAGCGAACUCUCACUCAGUCGUACUUUUGCGUCGACGCCGUCCAUGAAAGAAAGCUCCGUGGUGAGCAUUCUCUCCAGUCCGAGGAUGAAGCAAUCACCCACAUUCACCGACGUCCUCCACGCGAGACGACUCAUAAUAUCAAGGCUGUCGUCUUUCGAGGGUAUUUUAGCUGCUAAACCAAUACGACAAAUGCUGAAGCUCGUUAAGGAGACUUGGGCCUGUAUGGACGACCAACAAGCUGAUAUAUACUGGAUUGAUGUCAUGAUGGAAAAGGGAUAUGAAACGUUGAUGGGCUGACCCUUGGUUGACGUGGGUAUAGAUGUACCACAGGGGUAAUGGUAAUUAAUGAUUCGAUGAGUAAAGAUAGAG